AUGCAUCAGAACCCAGCCCACGUCCCUGAAGAUUGCACGCUUGCUGAGUGGGAGUUCGACCCGGAGGGCGUGCUCCCCGUGAACCACUUCGAGCACGUCGCGGAGACAUCCUUCGAGCUCCCUCUCGGCUCCGAGGAGCUGUUCUUCGUGUCCCAUGGCUCGUCUAACAUGGCAAACGGCGUCAUCGAGAUCUCGAACAGCGGCGAGCCUGGCGCGGAUAGCGUGAAGGUCGACGUACUGGGCUACUUCAAUAGCCAGCAUCAUUUCGAGGAGCUUACCAAGGUCUGCCAAUUGCGUCCUGACGACGGAAAGGACGGCGUAGGAAUCUUCGCUCCUCGUCAAUGGAACGGUCAUGACCACCGCCACAGGAUGCAGUUCAGGAUCCACGUCCGACUUCCGCCUUCGUCCGACGGCUCCGUGGUGACUGUCAACAAGUUGAGCACUGAGCUCCCGACCUUCGUGCACCAUGUCGGGGACCUCAAGGACACGAUUCACUUCAAGGAGCUGUCCCUGUCGACGAGGAACACGCCCGUCCACGUUCACUCUAUCGUAGCAGAUGCAGCUUCGGUUCGCUCGACCAACGGCAUCAUCGAUGGCCACUUCAACACCUCGCACACCCUCGACCUGCAGACCUCCAACGGGCCGAUCAGCGUCGUCCUCGGCCUGUUCAACGACAACGCCGGCGAGGUGACCAAGGCGCGGCUGCAGACCACCAACGGCCCGAUCAACACGAACGUGAGCCUGUUCUCCACGACGUCCUCCGGCACGGGCGGGCUCUUCGACGUCGAUACACACAGCAGUAACAGCCCGGUGCGGGUCGUGCUCCCGUACGCGCCCGCGGAGCACGUCCUCACGCUCGCCGCGCGGACGAGCAACUCGCCGGUCGACCUCGUCCUGCACCCCGCGUUCGAAGGCAGCUUCGCGCUGCACGGCUCGCGCUGGAUCUCGCCGCAGGUGCGCGUCGACGACGGCGCGGCGGACCCCGCCGGCCGCGGGCGCAGACGCCAGGUGCAGAUCAACAGGAUCAGCGGCGCGGAUGUGAGCGGGUCCGUGGCGUGGCUGCCCGCGAAGCAGAGGGAGUACGGCCGCGUGGUGGCGUCGACCUCGAAUAUGGGCGUUGCUUUGUACCUGUAG